GUGUCUGUCUCCACUAACUAGCAUGGCCCCACUAGGGAACAGCUGGUUUACGGCAUGGCCUUUAGCAAUGUUUGUUGCUUCCUAGCUCUCAAGGGCGAUGCAGCCAUAUAUUGAAGAUACGCAGAGCAAUGGAACAUCCAGCCCGUUUAGAUGAGGAGUUCUUGAUAGAAGAAUGGCGAUGUUGGAAGGAGCGAGGAGGGGGAGGACGAUGUCUUCAGCUACCAGGCCGAAUUGAUGAGGUGUUUGAGCCAGAGGAGCGUCGAGAAGUCCAAAUAACUAUUCAAGGGUUCGCUGGGGAAGCAUGGCGAGAGGUGGCAGAGGAGAUAAUGCACAAGAAAUCUUGGGAGCAGCUUCAGCAGGGAGAGAGGCUUCUCGAGCGACUUCUACGAUGUGUGCAGGAAUCCUGGGAUACUCACCCUGAUGAUGAAAUACUCGACUCUUUUGAGCCCCGUCCCCAGUUCCGUAAACUAAAGUCUUCUGUACCCCCGAUUGACCGGUCUGAUCUUCUCCGCACAUGGCUGAGGAGCUGUGAUCAAAAUCAUCCCGAUUGUCGUGCAGAUGGUAGCAAUCAUCACCCAGAAAGGGUUAUAUCUGUUCGACAAGAUGAUGCCAACAGGUUACAGUUGCAUGAGCUUGAAUGCGGUGUUGAGUAUGUGGCACUGUCUUACUGUUGGGGUAAUAAAUCACAGGAGCAAAAGCCGUAUCUUACAACGGAUGAGAACUUCCAAAGACGAAAAGACGAAGGCUUCAAUUAUAAUGAUCUGCCAAAGCUAUUCCAAGAUGCAAUCACGGUGACACGUGAACUUGGAAAGACAUAUCUUUGGAUUGAUGCUCUUUGUAUAAUUCAGGGUAAUGAAGAGGACUGGAAGAGCCAGGGUACCAAAAUGGAACAUAUCUUCGCUUCGGCAUACUGUACACUGGCACCAAGUUCAGCGUUCGAGUGGAAAGAAGGCUUUCUCAAUACUCGCCGGGCUCGAAAUACUGGCCUGCCACUUUGCAGGACCAACCCUGCAAAGAGUUUCCGUCGACUUGUGGAUGAGGGGCCUCUAAAUAAGCGGGCAUGGGUACUUCAAGAGAGGGUGCUCUCUCGUCGAACCGUCUUCUUUACAUCGUCAGGUAUAUACUGGGAAUGUGGAGAGGGAGUCCGGUGUGAUAACUUUGUAAAAAUAGAAUGUCCUCUGACUAGGUCGUAUAUGAUUGACUCGAACUUCCCGAGGAGGCUAAUAACAUCUGGGAUUCUCCCGACAAUCAAGUUUCUCCAGGAACUGAUUGAGAACUACACUCGUCGCGAUAUCACAGUAAUCACAGACAGAAUAGCUGCUUUUACCGGUUUAAUAACACGCUUAGAAAAGGCGCUGGAAACUGAAGGAAAAUAUGGAGUCUUCUCCUGCGCUCUACCUCGGCUUCUUUUGUGGAAGCGACCUGAUUCGAAGACGGAGCCGAUUGGUUAUGAUCAUCCGAUACCGUCCUGGUCUUGGAUGGCGUAUCCUGGAAGGAUCGAGUUUAUGACGACUUUACCGCUCAGUGUUUCAAAAUAUCUCCAUUUGGACAACGAUGUGUUGAGGGUUAAGGUUCAUACCUUCGAGAAUUGCCAUAUUCGCCCGAGGAACAAAAGUCACGGCAUCUACUCCGGCCAAAAACGAGUCGGUCUCCUGUUCUUUGACACAGCGAGGGUUGAAUUUCUGAAUUAUGUGAUUAUCGGGAGGCGUGCCAGCAGAACAGAUGAUGAUCUAUAUUAUAUCUUGGUUGUAGGGAAAGCUAAAUCUGUGGGACGCUAUCAGAGGCUGGGCGUUGGGGAAGUACAAGCACGCUGUGUAACAAAGCAGUGUAAUGAUGCCGAACUUAUCUAG